GACUGCUACCAGUCAACUGAUAACAUUGUUUACAUUUUAUCACUUACACAGACACAAAUAGAAAUCUAUAGAUAUGCCAACAUAAACACACACACACACACACACACAUACACACACAGUCACACACACACACACACACAGUCACACACACACACAGUCACACACGCACACACACAGUCACACACACACACACACACAUACACAAUUAUAUAAAUAUGCAAAUGCAUGAACAUUCACAAAUGCCAAUGCACACACAUGCCAGUGCACACACACACACAUACAUUUUUAGAUACUUGCAUGCAGAAAUAAAUGAAAGUAUAUGCACAAACUGGUGUAGAUAAAUAUAUAUACUCAAACUGUCACUUACACACACACACACACACACACAGGUAUAUAUACAGGUUAGUAAUAAAUAUUGAUUGCUAUUCAUUAUCUACAGAGGUUAGAUUCAGACCAAACGAAGAGGGCUGAUUGUCUCAUUAUCCGUGUCUACAAAAUUGUUUCCCUCAAACAUGACUGAUGCCAACAAAUCAUUUGACUGCGGCCAUGCUGGAGCACCACCUUUAGUCAAGAAAAUCGACCCCAGGACUUAUUCUUUAUUGUCAAAGAGCUGCGGCAGACUUUUUCUACUGGUUGUACACUUCCAGUGGAAUGGAGACUUCACCAGCUGUCAAAAAUUAUGAAAAUGUUGACUGAAUGUCAACAAGAAAUUGAAGAUGCUCUUGUGAAAGAUUUACAUAGGCCGAAAAAUGAGGCAAUGUUUUUUGAAGUGAUUUUUGCCAGAAAGGAAGCACUAGAUGCUAUAAUCAGUCUCAAAGAAUGGAUGGAACCAGAAAAAGUUGAUCGAGGCUUAUUAAACAUAAUGGAUGACUGCUUCAUUAAACCUGAACCAUUAGGUGUUGUUUUAAUAAUGGGCGCUUGGAACUAUCCCUUCCAGCUGUGCAUCCUACCUUUGAUCGGAGCCAUAGCUGCAGGUAACUGUGCUGUGGUGAAACCGUCAGAGUUGGCACCUCAUUCUGCUGAAGUAAUAACAAGAAUCCUACGCAAUUAUCUGGAUUCAGACUGCAUUAAAGUCUACAAUGGAGGAAUUUCAGAAACUCAGGAACUUUUACAAGAAAGAUUUGAUCAUAUAUUCUACACUGGUAGUAGUCGAGUUGGUAAAAUUAUCAUGAAAAGUGCAGCAGAACAUCUAACCCCUGUUACUUUAGAACUGGGUGGUAAAUGCCCAGCUUAUAUUGAUGAUGAUUGUAACCUACAGAAUGUAGCAAAUCGUAUUCUUUGGGGGAAGACUGUUAACUGUGGCCAGAUAUGUAUUGCACCAGACUAUGUGAUGUGUUCAAAGGAACUACAGGGACCAUUUGUUGAAAAGUUGAUUGAAGCUUUUGAAAUGUUUUAUAGUGAUUCAAUCCAUGAAACGAAGGACUAUGGACGCAUCAUUCAUAAAAAGCAUUUCCAACAUUUGAAGGAACUUCUGGAAAACCGAAAACCUGCAUUUGGUGGGGAAUUUUGUGAAGAAAGUCUACUGAUAACUCCAACGAUUCUGACUGAUAUCACUCCAGAUGAUCCUCUAAUGCAAGAAGAGAUAUUUGGUCCAAUUCUCCCAAUAAUGACUGUUGAAAAUGAAGAUGAAGCAAUUCAGUAUAUAAAGCAUGGGGAGAAACCAUUGUCUCUGUAUGUUUUCUCAAACAACAAAGAAACAGUAAACAAAUUUCUUUCCCAAACCACAAGUGGUGGAGUAUGCAUCAAUGAUGUCAUUGUCCAUGGAGGAUUGGCAACAUUACCUUUUGGUGGAGUUGGUCAAAGUGGCAUGGGUAGUUACCAUGGCAAGUUCACUUUUGAGACAUUUAGUCACAAGAAAGCAGUCAUGUGGAAAAGUAUGGGCAUGGAAAAUGUCAACUCCUUAAGAUAUCCACCAUAUAGCGAUGAGAAAUGUCAACUAUUUACCUGGUUUGUCCUGAUGAGGCCUGGUCUUGCCAAGAAAUUUCUUAUGGCUCUGCUUGUACUGCUUGUAGCAUUAAUUCUGUCAUUUAUCUUUAUGAAAGUUUAUGGACCAUCAUACGGUAGUUUACUCCAUCACUGGAAUAUUGCUGACAAUGACUUCAGCAGAAAUAAAUUCUAGAAACAUUCACAAGGAGCAAGCUAAAGAAAAUAACAUAUUUUUGGAAUGGAAUUAUUCUGAAGGUGAAUAAUUCAAUAAAGAAGAGAUAUUAUAGACAUGCUAAACUAAAAGUGGUAAUGGAAGAAAGAUUAAAGAUGACAUUCAACAAAUCAUCAAAUUAAAGUUGAUUUAUGUUAACAAUUCAUUCCUCUGCAGUGGUUAAAACAAAUACCAGAAAUCAAAUGUGGAAUGUGUGGAUAGAUUAUACUCACCUGUUAUCAACAAAUGUCUUGUAGAACAUAAAAAGUUAUGUGUUACAAGUGAAGCAUCUAAAUAUACAUAGCAAGCCUGUUUCAUCCAAAACUUACAUUUAUAUAUAUACUUAUAUAUAUACACAUGUAUAUGUCGACAUCAUCGAAAAAGAAUUAUAUAUAUAAUCUAUAUAAAAAAUUGUGUGUGUGUAUACACACACACACACAUACAGGGUAUGUAAGGUAUUUGAGGACAUACCUUUUUGGGUCAUUGUUGCAUUUUUUGCUAACUCUGCAUAAUCUUUGUUUCUGAAAAUAAUAAUGGCAAACCCUCAACUUACUCAAGAAAUGAAGAGGCAUGCUGUUAUUGUGGUUAUAAAGGCUGAGUAUAGCGAUUUAGAAAUAUCUCAGUUUUUAAAAGUUGCCAGAUUUUUCGUCUACAAAGUUUGUAAGGAGUUAGAGACUGAAGAUGGAAACAUAUCACCAGUAUCAAAGCAUAAAAAGCAUUCUAAAUGCUCUGAAAUCGUCAGAACACUUGAAUUUAUCCAGCAAGUUCAACAGACCAUUAAUUACAAUCCCAAAAAGUCCAUGAGGUCAAUUGGAUCUAGGUUAGAAAUGGGUUCUUUCUCAAUUGGCAAGAAAUCUUGAAAUAAAUUGAAUAAUGACAUACAUACAUACAUACACAUGAAUUAAGAGAAAUAACUCAGGGUGGCAAGUAGUAUAUGCUUUUUGGGAUAACAAAUUGAAAUAUGGAUAUCAAAAUCCAUACAAGAUAAAUUUUCAAUUUUUAAAAAAUUAUCCCUACUUACAGAGAGGGUAGAAGAACCACUUGGUGGCAACUGAGAUGAACUCCAAAUGUGAAAGGGAGAUAAUCUUGAGAAUCAAGAAUUUUCCAAGAUUGACAUACCAUGUGUAUAUGUGUGUAUGUAUGUGUAUGAGAGAACAAGUGUAUGUGUGUGUGAGAGAGAAAGAGAAAGAGAGAGAAAGAGAGAGAAAGAGAAAUAGAGAACGUGUGUGUGGGUGUUUGUGUGUGCAUGUGUGUGACAGAGAGAGAGAGAGUGUGUGUGUGUGUGUUUGAGUGUAUGUGUCGGUCUGUCUCUCUGUCUUGAUAUCUGUGUUUAUGUUACACCAAUCUCAAAUCUGUUUUAAAAUAAUAAUAAUAAUAAUAAUAAUAAUAAUAAUAAUAAUAAUGAUGAUAAUAAUAAUAAUAAUGAGCUUAUGGUAAACAGUGCUCAAAUGCACUGUACCUCAUCAGAAAAAAAUUGUCCAUCCAUGUCUCAAAGCCUAGCAGUUUGACAAUAAAAAGUGAUAAAAUAAGUUUUAAGCAGAAACUAAGUAUUGAGAUCAAUAUGACAAUGUGCAAUGUAUGUUAUAAUCUUGUCAGUUUUAUAUCUUGGGCAAUCACGUUUGUUCUAUGAUCAACUCCAGUGAAAAUAUUUUUAGUUAUAUAGUAUUAAAUGAAUAUCAGCAAUAUGUUGAUGGAAGUAAUUAAAUUCUUGUUAAUUAUAAUUAAUUUGGGGGUCUCUGAUUUACAUGGAAAAUUACAACUACAUAGAUACCUAUGGUGAAAACCAGCAGAAUCAUUUGAGAAAAAUUGCUUUGCAGUAUAUAUUCCAACUCUUUACAUUGUAAGUUCAAAUCUUGCCAAGGUCAAAUUUGCUUUUCAUCCUUGGAGGGUAAAGUAUCUAAAGUCAAGCACUGAGGUCAAUGGUAUCAAUUACUCUCUUCCCUCAAAAUUACUGACUUUGUGCUUUAAAUUAGGAACAAUUGUAAGAGAGCCAAGGAUUGGUAGAAUUGUUAAAGUGUCCAAAAAAAUGCUUUAUAGUAAUUGUUCCAUGUGAUCAUUCUCUGAGUUCAAGUCCUGCCAUAGUUAACUUUGCUUUUCAUCCCUCCUAGAAUAGAAUACUAGUCAAGAACUGGGAUCAGUAUAAUUGACUAGACCUCUUUCCUUAAAAUUGUUGGCUGUGUGCCAAAAUUUGAAAUUAUUAUUAUUAUUAUUAUUAAGGUGGUGAGCUGGCACAAUCAUUAGCACACCAGGUGAAAUGCUUAGUGAUAUUUCAUCUGCUAUUACAUUCUGAGUUCGAAUUUCAUUGAAGUUGACUUUGCCUUUCAUCCUUUUGGGGUUGAUAAAUUAAGUACCCCUUUGGGGUUGAUAAACUAAGUAACACUGGGGUUGAUGUUAUCAACUUAUCCUCCAAUCAAAAAAAAAAAAAAAAAUGGCUGCCUUUGUGACAAAAUUUGAAACCAUUUUUAUCAUUAAAAGAAAAGUUUUAAAAAAUCAUUAUUAUUAUUAUU